AGAGAGUCCACCAUCGCAACACCCCCUCCUUCCGUCCCCUCCACCACUCACAGAAACGGAAUUAAAAAAUCUUUAAUAUCUUUCCAGCAACUGGCCUCCAUUGCUGCAGCGCUGAGCGCGCGCACACACGCCGACACUGUGGGCCUUUAAAGCGUCGCCAGAGCGGAAGGAGGAAAGUGACCCUCCGAUUCAAGAGCGGCUUCUUUACACUGAAGGAAAAAGGGGGGAAACGGCUGGAGUGGAUAUGUUGAAUGUAUAGCGCUGCUCACAUUGACAUCGUGACAACACCAGCGCUGUCCGUGGAUCUGUGCGAGUCGCUCUCCUGAUUGUGUAAUAUCAUUUUUUCACCCCCUUCCUGCAAAAGCGGCCGAACCUGCACCCGAGAGCGCAGGAGAGAGAGCAGCGGCAGAAGCAGCAGAAGAAGAAGAAGAAGAAGAAGAAGAGGAGGAGGAGGAGGCGAGAGCAGGGAGAUCGCAGCCUUCAUCAGAAUUUAUUUUUUCUUGUUAUUACAUGGCGCAAGGGCUAUACAAACGGGACCGUCCUGGGUGUGAUACUGCCACGGUGAAUUUGGAUAUCCACGCAGCAGCAGCACCACCAUCCUCCUCCAUCCGCCGAAGAAGCACCGUGGGUUGCGACGGCGCCCACACCGACUCCUCAUCCUCCUCCUGCCGGCUCCAUGUCGAGUGAUGGUCGGCUUGCCUUGCUGGAUGCUCCCCGCUCUCUCCGGAUCGUCGACCACCGAACCUCCUCUGACCGCAGACCCCCAUUUUCGGCGGAAACCUUCCCAGAGCUAUAGGGCUACAUAUGGAAACUGGGGAUCAAAAUUUUAGGAAAAAGGAAAAUCUAAGCGGUUAAUUUAUUUUUUUAACUAAUUUAUUACUAUUUUUGUUAGGUUUCGAUCUGGUUUUGAGCGUGUGUGUUUCUUUGCGCCGGCUAAUGAAUUAAUUUAGUCGUUGAGCCUUGAUUUCCUCAUUCCACCGGGUUGAUUUGUGAGAAGACAGAUUUGCUUUUAACCUCACAAUAGGCUGUUAUAAAACACGCAGGGAAUCGCUUUUAUUUCCUCUCGACAGGACUCGAAUCGGUCCGUUUGUUUACUCUUCGCUGUCACCACUAAUAUGACAGAUUUAGAUUUUGUCCUUCGUUUCCUUCCCCAGUUUAUUUUUACUAAUAAAAGCCACUAGAAUAAUACUAUUAAUAACAACAAUAGUCUUUAGAAUAGCUCUCUUUCUGAAUACUUACUAGUAAACGUAAUGUUAUAGCCUUUGACUAAAGCAACUUGUUGUAACAGACGUAUUGAACUGUUGUACUUCAAACCUGCCAUUACUCCAACACCGCACCCCCCACCCACCCAGCCGUCUCUUUGCUCCAUUUGAGCUCGUGUAAAUUCAGCUCAGUGCUUAUAGCUGUGAUCUCUACAAGUCAACGAACAGGUUGUACAAAAUCAGCCUUGCUUGUCUUUUUAGGCUCCUCUUAGUUACCCCAGGCUUUAAUUAACCAGUCAUAGAUCUGUGUUAAUAAUCACAUUUGUAGCUUUUGUUUUCUUGCUGCAAGUGGCUCCAGUGCUGGGCUCCAUCUGCAGCUCCAGGCCUGCUGAGGUGCUGUCAUCCUCUGCAUACCUAAUUUUUCCACACAUCUUUUUGGGUGUGAAAGUUAAAACAAACAUAGAGGAGAGACUUCACCGCCUCUUCCUCUCUCCCCCUUCUCUCUGCCAUAGUUAGUUUUUUCUCUUGUUUUGGUCCUCACCCAAACGCAACCAUAAGGUUCCUACCGCAUCCUCCGCCUCCUUCUUCCCUCUCCUUCCGCUCGAGUAUAUCCCGUUUUUUCGGUUUGAUUUGGUCCCGCAAAUUUUCAAAUAUUUACUUCCUAUAUAUCAAGAGGAAAGGGGGUCCCCCUUUCAUGGAAUGCGGAAACAUGGGUCUGUUCGACCGCGGAGUCCAGAUGCUGCUGACCACGGUGGGCGCCUUCGCGGCCUUCAGCCUCAUGACCAUCGCGGUCGGCACGGACUACUGGCUGUACUCCCGCGGCGUCUGCAGGACCAAGUCCAUGAGCGAGAACGAGACCAGCAAGAAGAACGAGGAGGUGAUGACCCACUCGGGCCUGUGGAGGACGUGUUGCUUGGAAGGAAACUUCAAAGGCAUGUGUAAACAGAUAGACCACUUUCCCGAGGAAACAGAUUAUGAAGCAGACCCAUCUGAGUACUUCUUACGUGCGGUGCGAGCCUCCAGCAUCUUCCCCAUCCUCAGCGUCAUCCUGCUCUUCAUGGGAGGCCUGUGUAUAGCUGCCAGUGAGUUCUACAAGUCACGCCACAACAUCAUCCUCAGCGCAGGGAUCUUCUUUGUGUCUGCAGGCCUGAGCAACAUCAUCGGGAUCAUUGUGUACAUAUCAGCCAACGCAGGAGACCCUUCAAAAAGUGACUCGAAGAAGAACAGCUACUCUUACGGCUGGUCUUUCUACUUCGGUGCCCUCUCCUUCAUCAUGGCUGAGAUGGUGGGCGUCUUGGCCGUGCACAUGUUCAUCGACCGCCAUCGACAGCUGCGAAUAGGGGCGCGCGCGGCCGACUACCUCCAAGGCUCGGCCAUAACACGGAUCCCCAGCUACCGCUACCGCUACAGACGCCGCUCGCGCUCCUCCUCCCGCUCCACAGACCCGUCACAUUCUCGCGACACCUCGCCGAUGGGCCUCAAGGGCUUCAGCGCGCUGCCAUCCACGGAGAUCUCCAUGUACACGCUUCCCCGGGACACCCUCAAAUCCUCCGGCACACCAACCGCCACCUACAACUCUGAGAGGGACCACAACUUCCUGCAAGUCCACAACUGCAUCCAGAAGGACUUGAAAGACUCGAGCCACACCAACACAGCGAACCGCCGCACCACGCCUGUAUGAGAGAGUCGACACAGGCCAGGCCAGCACGGCGGAGACCAGGAGACACGGAAACCCCUGUGGGUGGAGAACGCCCCAGGAGAAGAUGGAUUUCCAUGUUUAUAGACAUUUGUUCUUUUUGUUCAGCUGCAUGACUUUUCCAUUACCAUUGUUGAGAGAGUUUCAACAAGUCUGCUGUGUUCCUGGAUUGAAUGGCAGAGGACUGAGAGUGGGACAGGAUGUCCCAAGGAAGUGAGCUCUGUCAGGUAUUUUUGAGCAGGAUUUGUUUGUGAGGUUCGGGGC